UUUAGUCUAUUCUUGUAUCUUGUCAGUGACUAUAUUUCGCGUAGCGCAUGCGUAAGCCGCUCGUUGAGGUUCAUAUUGUGUAAGUGACUGUUACAUCGUUAAACGUGUGAUUUUAUUUUCGUUCUGUGUUACAUUAUUGUGUUUUGAUUUUCUGUGUGAAUAGUGUGAACGGUUUCUGAAUACAGUUCCUAUUAUUCCACAUUGUUCGAAUCACGAAUACGUUGUUUCGUUGAAGAUUUCACAAUUCUAUGAAAAAAUAAAUGUUGAUAGAUGAAUGAAUUUUAAACGAUAACAGAGCAAAGGACGAAGAAUUUUGAUAUCGUCAAUCUAAUCGGAGUCAUCAACGCGAGAUGAUGAAUUUUGAAGGAGAAAAAGGAUCCACGAGAUUCUUGUCAUCACGAAAUAUUCAUUGCUGUCUUGCAACAGCUAGAUAUAACAAUUCAAACGUGUAUGGACAUUUCGCAGACCAUCUAGUUUUGAGCAGUCUGUCAACCGAACUGAGUAACAAAUAUGGAUGAACUGCAAAAUGGGAAUAACCCUGAGCUAAUUCAUUGUAGGUCUGAUACUAGUAAUAAUAACAGUAGAUUAAUGGAGUAUCGUAAUUUGGAUAAUCGUACAGACGAUCCACUCAAUGAACCAGAACUGUCUGUGAAUUUUAAUGAAGACAUUGCGCAUAUAUCACUUCAUCCGGUAGAAGAAUUAGAAGAAGAUAUGUUCGAUUAUGAAACUGACAUUUCAUUGCAGGACAUAAACAGUGAAUCUAAGGAGCAAGUGGUACCUUCUAGUCAGUUGAGUAACAGUCAUAAAUAUCCUGAGGAGCUUACCAGUUCAGAUGAUGAAGUAGAUGAGGGCAUAUUUGAAGAUGAAGCGUCAUCUAAUUUAGUGUUGUUGAAUGAUAACACACACAAUUCAGAACCUCCAUGAAUAUGUACAGAUUACAAUUGACGUGUUUCUGUAUAGCAUCACUAUGUGAUAAUUUGCUAUCAAUAUUCUACACGAUAUAAAUUUUGUAUGAAUCAGAUUCUUUGAAUACCAUUGAGUUUGUUAAGUAUUUGAAUGGUAUGAUAUCCCAUUCAAAUAAACUGAAAAGCAUGCUUGUUUUACAAUAAUGAUGAAAUGUGAAUUUAAUAUUUCAUAGUUAGUAUUCAUACAGGAAAUAUUUCUAUCUUAAUUUUAUACAGGUUGAGAAUAUACUUAAAAUUUUUUAAAUAUUAUUUCCAUAAUAACCAGUCAAAACCAUACAAAAUUUAAUUACACAUUAUAAUUGUAUAUUAUGCAUUCACUCUUAUAUAAUAUACUUUAAAAUCAUACUUUCAAUCACAUAUGUAAAGAAAAGAAACAAGUAUUGUAAAUAAAACUGAAUACAAAGA